ACAUAUCACUUCCAUACACUACUUUCAUACUUUCAUCCGGAACUUGUCCCAUCUCGUCAAUAACAACACAAGCCAUCUUCCGUACCCUGUACAUGUGCUCGAGAAAGAGUACAUGAUCUUACCAAAUCAUACAUCAUUCCGUCCUCAUCUCACGACUUGUCUAACCCCUUAUCGUCCACUCGUACCUUAUCGCUUUUCUCCAUAUCUGACCACUUCGGUGCUUUCCCUGCAUUAUACAAAUUAUCGCUCUCUCUAUCUCAUUUGAAGCCAGCGUACAAGAGGGAAGAAAGGGGAGAAGAGAACAUCGCUCUUUUGACUCUUGGAAAAGGUGAAGAAAGUGAGAUAGGGAGAUAUACAAGUAAAAGGUGGGAUUGGAAUUCUGACACACGACCGAAGAAAGGGACCAGGAUGAAGUUUGGUACUCUCUUAGAGCUCAAUAGUAACAUUGAAUGGUGGAAUCAUUAUGUCGACUACGACGCUCUCAAGAAACUCUUCCCUUCCAACCCUCUCGACCCCUCCUCUUAUCUCUCCACCGUCACCGAGUCCACUUCCAUUCUCCCCGUUCAUCGGGGUGAUAGUAAAUAUGCCACUCCUCCUGAGUUUCGCUCCGCUCUUGAUCGUGAACGAGAAAAAGUAUCUACCUUCUAUCUAUCCAAAAUAUCUGAACUCCACCGUUCAUUGGAGCAAUUAGAAGAAGAAAUCGAAUCUGAAGAAACUGCCGAAUUGGUUGAUGCAGAUGACACUAUAGCCGAGGUAAACGAAGAUGGUGAUGAAGCCCAAGCUAUGCUAGGACCUCCAAGUCCCAGUAUAUCUCGAGCGAGAAAACAAGGUAUCCUCAGUCGAUUAGCACCAAACGGUACGAUAAUGGGACGAAGAAGAAGUUUAUUAAAUAAAGACGAAGCUGAUGUAAUGGAAGGUUUAUCACGUGGUAGAAGUAGAAGUAUUGGAACUUCAGGAAACGGCAAUCAAAAUCAAUCAUCCCCUUUACUUGAGGAAAAUCAACUGAUCACUACCGAAGAAGAUUUAUUGGGCUCUCCGAUAUUUCCAACGAAAGGGAAAGUCCCACCACCGAGAAAUAGAGCAAUGUCAGAUCUCGAAUCUUCUGAUGCGGACAUUGGUCGGGAAAGAAGAUUAUCAGUUUCGUCAGCUUCAUCACAUGGAGAUGAUUAUGGUUGGCCUAGAAAAGCUUAUGGGAGUUUGAAAUUGGUUCCUAUGGAUAGAUCGGCAUUACCAUCUUGGACACGAGAAGAAUCGGAAAAUGAACCAGGCACACCUUCGUCGUCGAGAAAUGCGGGGGUUAGAGAGAAAAAAACGGUUUAUAUCUGGAGAGGGGACGGACAUAGAGCACAGAUGUUGAAGAUACAAUAUAAGAAAAGGAUUUCUGCACUUUGGUUGGAGGCUUAUGGGUUGAAACAAUAUGUGGAUCUGAAUUUGACAGCAUUUGAGAAGAUUCUGAAGAAAUAUGACAAGAAUACCAGUUCCAAGCUGAAAAACGACUACGUACCCAAUAUCGUCCUGACCUCUCGACCAUGGGUCCAAUCCGAUCGAGACGAUUUAGACAAUCUGAUCUCCCAUAUACUUCUUCUCUACCGUCGUAUAGUCACUUCAGGUAACGAAGAUCAAGCCAAAGAUCAACUCCGAGCGCAACUCCGAGAGAAAGUAGUGGUGGAUCGUGAAACCGUAUGGUCUCAAAUGGUUUCUGGUCAUAGAGGACAAGGAAUAUUUAGGAGUAUUGAACCUGAUGAAGAAUCAGUAUUCAAACCUGAUCCUACUCAGAGAUCCGGUAAAUAUUUACCUGGAUGGUUAUCACGUAAGGUCGUGCUUUGUUUGUUGGCUUUGGGAGUGUUGGUUAUCAUCGUACAGACUCAACCGGUGGGAAGAGUGGAAGAGAGUAAUUGUUUGGCUAUGUUGUUGUUUUGUACUAUUCUAUGGGCUACAGAGGCCAUUCCCCUAUUCGUCACUUCCCUAGCGGUCCCAUUCCUAGUAGUAAUCCUGCGUGUACUUCGUUCUUCAGAUGGCGAAGAUACUCGUCUUUCCGCUUCUGAUGCUACCAAAUACAUCUUCUCCCAAAUGUUUUCACCCACCAUCAUGCUUCUCAUUGGAGGUUUCACCAUCGCUGCUGUAUUGUCAAAAACCAGGUUAGACGUGAUGACUGCCACUCGGAUCCUAAACGCCGCAGGUACACGACCAAGUGUGGUUUUACUGGUCCUCAUGUCCGUUGCGACAUUUGCAAGUAUGUGGAUUAGUAAUGUGGCCGCACCGACUUUAUGUUAUGCUUUGAUCAAGCCAAUUCUCGACGAGCUGCAUCCGAAGAGCAUGUUUUCGAAAUGUCUUAUUAUCGCUAUCGCUCUAGCAUCCAACAUAGGUGGUCAAGCAUCUCCAAUCUCAUCACCUCAAAACCUCAUAGCAUUAGGAUCCAUGGAUCCACCUCUCAGUUGGCCAGAAUGGUUCGCCAUUUCCAUCCCAGUCAGUAGUAUCUCCGUCAUCGCCAUUUGGGCGUUUUUACAUUUAAACUAUCGAUGGGAGAACGAUCUUCGGAUCCCUAAAAUGCGUAAAAAUACAGAUGCUUUGUCAAAAACUCAUUAUUUCGUAUUGUUCAUUUCGGCUUUGACCAUUGGAUUAUGGUGUGCUGAGAAAAGUAUGGAAGGGGUUGUAGGUGACAUGGGUGUGAUUGCUGUGAUACCUUUAUUAGCUUUCUUUGGGACUGGGAUAUUGUCUAAGGAAGAUUUUCAUUCAUUCCACUGGUCCAUCGUCUUUCUCGCCAUGGGUGGUAUAGCACUCGGCAAAGCCACUUUGUCUUCUGGUUUAUUAGAUGAUUUGGAUCAUAUGCUGGAAGGUUUCGUCGAAGGGAUGGGAUUAUACAGUAUUUUGAUCGUAUUUUCCAUUCUAGCUUUGGUCAUUGCUACUUUUAUAUCACACACCAUAGCAGCGGUACUAUUAGUUCCAAUAGCAACACGUAUCGGUGACUCUCUCGACGAACCUCAUCCGAAAUUAUUAAUCAUGGCAACGGCUUUGAUUUGUUCAGCAGGUAUGGGUUUACCAGUCUCUGGUUUCCCAAAUAUGACAGCUAUUACCCAAGAGAAUAAACUCGGUCAAAGGUUUAUUGGAGCGAUAGAUUUCUUGAAGAAUGGUGUACCUUCUUCUCUUUUGGCUACUUUUGUAAUUGUCACUAUCGGGUAUGGUAUCAUGAGGUCUUUAGGAUUAUGA